AGUAAGUCCAUGAAAAUUUAUGUUUUAAAUUUGCCAUACAUAAUACGAAAAGUGAGUUCAAAAUGUCUGGCCUGGCAGCUUUGGCGGAAGUUUGCGCAAACAAACAGUAUCUCCCGAUGUCCUCGCCAGCACCCAAAUCUCCGGAGCUAUCGGACAAGAGCCGUAAAUAUGACCGUCAACUUCGUCUGUGGGGCGAGCACGGACAGACACUGCUAGAGAAUGCCCAGAUUUGCUUGAUAAAUGCUACGGCACUGGGAACGGAAAUUCUAAAGGGGAUCGUCCUUCCCGGAAUCGGAGGCUUUACUAUAGUUGAUAAUGGAACCGUCAGCGAAGAGGACAUCGGGUGUAACUUUUUCCUUGAUAAGACUUCGGUGGGUCAGCCACGAGCUAAAAGUGCUACACAACUCCUGCAAGAACUAAAUCCGGAUGUCAACGGUGACCAUGUCGAGGAGAACGUCGAUCAACUGAUCGACAGUCAACCGGACUUUUUCAAGAAUUUCGAUGUGGUCGUUGCCACCGCAGUAAACGAACGAACAACGGUGCGAUUAUCGAAUCUACUUUGGGACCAACAUAUUCCCUUAAUUGUUUGCCGAUCGCUAGGCUUUUAUGGAGUAGCUCGGCUUCAAAUAAAAGAACACUGCAUUGUGGAAUCUCACCCGGACAGCAGACAAAGUGAUCUUCGAUUAGAGCAUCCUUUCGAGGCACUUAAGAAACAUAUGUCCGUUACGGAGCUUACCCCAAAAGUACCCUGGUUGGUGGUUUUGUAUAAGUGCCUGCAGGAAUGGGUUAACGCUCACGAAGGACGCUACCCAAGCAACUACAAGGAAAAAACCGAGCUAAAAGAUUUAAUUCGAUCGAAAAUGACCGCAGACGAGGAAAACUAUGAAGAAGCGAUUAAAGCUGUUAAUUCUAGUUUUGGUGCGGGAAAACCUAGCUCGCAGAUAAGGGAUAUUCUAGCGGACCAUUGUUGUGUUAACAUUAAUAAGGAGAGUAAUGCCUUCUGGAUUUUGGCACGAGCACUGAAAGACUUCGUUGAAAAUGAAGGAAAUGGGCUGCUUCCUUUGCCUGGAGUUCUACCCGAUAUGACAGCAGAUACGGCAUCCUAUAUAAAUUUGCAAAAUGUUUAUCGCUCCCAAGCUGUGAGCGAUGCGGAAAUCGUCUAUCGCCGUGCAAGGCAGUUGCUAAAAGAAUUGAACAAACCGAACGACUUAAUUAGCGAGAGAGACGUGCGUCUUUUCUGCAAGGAAGCAGCCAAUAUUGCCAUUCUACGUGGAUCCAAGAUCGCUGACGAGUACGAUAAAGGCUACAAGGCAACGCAGAUGUCUGCCGUGUUGGAGGUACCCAGCUCUCUGAUGGGUCACUAUAUAACGCUUCGAGCGGUAGACAAAUUUCAAGCUGAACAUGGCUACCUUCCCGGAGAAUGUCAGGUGGAAGUGGACACAUCACGGAUCAAGAGUCUAGUUAUGAAAAUGUUCAGCGAAUGGGGGAUUAGUACACCUAUCAGUGACGAUCUAGCCCAUGAAGUGUGCCGUUACGGGGGAGCAGAAAUUCACAGCAUUUCUGCAUUUUUCGGCGGUUGCAUCGCCCACGAAUUGAUCAAGCUGAUUACGAAGCAAUACAAACCGUUCGAUAAUACUUUCGUUUACGAUGGAACUACGACGCAAACGGAAACAUUCAAACUGUAAACUAUCGAAAAACCUCCAUUUGCAUAGGAACAGCAUUUUUCAAAAUUGCGAUAACUUACCUAGUUGGCUGUCCAUUGUUCCUGAUUUAAAAAUAAAGAAAUAUUCUUUACA